CUCCCUACUCUUCUUCGAUCUUGCUCCAUUGGUGGUGGUGUUUGUUUGCUUGGAGUGUUUGGUGUCGCGGUUUCUCUCGUUCUUGUCUUCGCUGAAUCGAGCAGCACCCUGCGUCUUGGUUGGUUCCUGUUUACCGCGGUCUGGUCCUCUUUUUUCGUGUUCUUCGCUUCCCGUACCCGUGAUGUUGUUGCUUGAUGCAUUUGAGGCGUGGUUUUCUCGGAGUUGGAUGAGGAGGUCGACGAGCACCGAAGCUUCAUGGUUGGUCUCCGUUCGCCUCUCUCCCAUCGGAGCACGUUGAUCUUGACGGUUCCUGGCGCGACCAAUGCGUGCGCGAGAAGUUAGACGCCAUGAAUUCGUUUCUCUUCUCUGCUUUGUUUUUUUUUUGGCUCCUGUUUUGCAGUUGGUGUGUUGCGGAGGUGUCAGUUUCUGAAUUUGUAUAAACCAAAUGCCCUCUUCUUAUUCUUUUUGCUGUUCCUGAUGCAAUCUGCCCGUCUUCCUUACGUCUUGAUCAAGUAGAACGGCGCCUCUUUCUCUUCUCGAAUUUUAAGGCGUUUCGGAAUCCGAAAUUUGCUAAGAUUUUACCUGGCCGUGAUCAUUUUUUUCCUCCUGUUCUUGGCUUCCCUUACCCGUGUUGUUGUUGCUUGAUGCUUUUGAAGUUGGGUGUGUGAGUUUCUUGGAGGAGGUUGAAGAGCACGGAAGCUUCAUGGUGAUCUCGUUCGCCUCUCCUCGGAACAUGUUAGUCUUGAUCUUGCCUUCCGUUUCUCUAUUUGGUCUUGAUCUUGCCUUCCGUUUCUCUAUUUCUACCAGUGCAAGCUCGAGAAAUUAAACCACAUCAAUUCGUUUCUCUUUUCAGUUUGUUCUGUUUUGGUAUGCUGCGGAAGUGCCAGUUUCUGAAUUUGUAUUAGCUAGAUGCCUUCUUCUGUUCUUUUCGCUGCUCCUGAUGCAAUAUGCAGGAUGCUUCUUCUCUACACGUCUCUCUGUUUUCUGCCUCGAAAGAACUCUCUGUCCUAUUGUGGCUUUGUUUACUCGAUGCUAUUUUUUCGUUCAAUGAUUUCUGCAUGUGUCGCUCCAUUGAAUUACUUGUAAAUCUUCUGAUUCUUUACCUAUCAAAGAAACUUCCAUCUCUUGAAUCUUGAUUUGGCUUCCUUCUCCCUUACCGAGAUAUUGUGCAUUUUUUGUCUGUAACCUGUUUUUCACUUCUCUGUGAUGGUGUUCGGUGCCGUACUGUACUGUUAGGUUGUUCUUGCUUUUUUUCUUCUGUUCUUCAUUCUUUGUUUGCAAUUGUUUAAGUUUUGAUUCGCCGAAGCAGUGCCAUAUCUAAAGGAAAUCGAUCAUUCUUGUACAGUACACUUUAUGCGCUCGUUUCCUCUUCUUAUCUCACUUUGAAAUUUGGUGUUAUGAUAUGUGUCAGUAAAGCUUAUAUCGCGUUUGUAGAAAACCUUGUGUGUAUUUUGUUCGCAGUAAUAAAAUAAGAUUUAGGUGUAAAAUAAUGCAGCACUGCAACUGAAGAUUGAUACUUCCAUGUUAUAUAUCUCAAAAAUGCAUUUAAGCAUUUAAGGGCCCUGAAUGAAAGCACCAAUUACACCCUGUGCUUUGAGCUAGAUAAGUAGUGCCAUAUCAAGUUUGAUGAUUCUACUUCACUUUAUUUCAUAUGUAACCUAGCUUUCUGGCAUUUAAUUGAUCUGUAUUAUUGUUUAAGUGUCUUUCCCCGUUUUUGUUAAUAAUGUUAUUUUAUAUUUGUAUUCAUGUUAAAUUUUCAGCAAAGCAAGUUCCGCUAUGGGUAACAGCCUUCCUGUAGAAUCGAAGUUCACUUUUGAAGAAGAGAAUGACAGAAUUAAGUAUGUUGUGUCGUCUAUGCAAGGAUGGGGUGAGAAAAUGGAAGAUGCUGUGAGUAAACUUGCAGCCUUUUGUAUGACAAAAAAAGGGACAGUUCUGCAAAAUUUUCUUACUGAUCUUUAAGUAAUUGUGUAAAAUACUGUGAUUGACAUAUGCCCUCUAUAUUCUCUAGCAUGCAGCUAUUCUAAAUCUUGAUGAUACCACGUCCACGUCUUUCUUUGGUGUUUAUGAUGGCCAUGGAGGAGCUGAAGUAGCAUUGUAUUGCGCAAAACAAUUUCACAUUGAGCUAUGCAAUCAUGAAGACUAUCACAACGAUCUGAUUAAUGCACUGGACAAUGUGUUUUUAAGCAUGGAUGAGAACCUGCAACAGUCCGAUGCUUGGAGAGAGUUAGUUAUUCCUCAUGAUAAUGGAUGUAUGUAUUUUCUCAAGGCUGGUGUCUGUGCUAAGCCUUUCCCACAGUGUGCAUAUUGUAUCUAUGAAAAAGGAAAUGGAAGAAUGUGUUUGAUAUCGAGACUGUUGUUCUUUCUUGUGUUGUACUUUGGAGUUGGAGGAGAUAUGUUUAACCCUAAUCUCGACUAAUUGCUCCUAUUAAAAAUGGUUCAAUUAGUUACAUAUCAAUUGGCUGGUUUACUGAGUUGGAGGCCAACAGGUUCUUAAGUUCUCAUUGCACCUUGGUUCUUAUCAUACUAUGCUAUCCAAAUUGAGGCGACAUAUACUGGGCCAGCGUAUGAAGGGAGCACAGCAUGUGUGGUUGUCAUCAGAGGUAACCAAAUGAUUGUUGGACAUGUUGGUGAUUCUCGUUGCGUACUCUCAAGACAGGGUGGCCUGGCUAUUGAUUUAUCCUUCGAUCACAAACCAUGCACAAGAACUGAGUCUGAAAGAGAGAGAGUUCAAAAUGCAGGAGGGAGAUCUCUUGGACUUAGGUGUGAACAAGUAAUGGGGAAUUAUGUAGUCAAGGAACAAUGGGUCCUCGGUGAUUUUGGGGGAGGUGUAACAAUCUCAAGAUCAAUUGGUGACUUUGCUUUCAAGAAGAACAAAGAUUUAGAUCGUGAAAAACAAAUGCUGGUAUGUGAUCCGGACAUCCUCGCUGAUGACAUAACUGAUGACAUGGAGUUUCUUGUUAUUGCAAGUCAAGGUCUCUGGUCUUGCGUGGACAGUGCGGACGUGGUUUCUUACAUACAUGACCGUUUAUCGGUGGAGGGUGCAGAGCUGCGUGUCAUCUGUGAGGAGGUUGUUGAGUUCGGCUUGGCAUCGGGCGAGAACACUACCGUCAUCCUGGUUCAGUUCAAGCCCGGCGCCUUCCAGUACCAGCUGGUGGAUCCCGCUGGAUUUGGCACUGCCGUCUCUAACAUUGCCAGCACCAGUGCUGCGCCGGCUGGUGCCAGCGACACAAGCGACGAGGGCGUCGAUGACGCUGCCACUGCCAGGCCCACCGUUAUGGGCUACGACGCGGACUCCAGCACCGGCAGCGCCGAUGCCACGGUCGACAGCGACGAGGUCGAUCCCAACGCCACGGCUGACAGCUACAAUCCCAGGGGGCACGCUGAGAUCGUUGCCAGCCACACCGACGACGAGGUCUACACCAGCGGCAGUGCCAGGGUUGAGAGCGGCGAGCUCGCCGUCCCCACUCCCAGCGCCAACAACACCGUCGCGGAUGAGGUCAAGGUCGACGCCGCUGUCGUCGCCGGCGGCAGUACCACCGCCAUGGCUGCUGACGAAGCCACCGUGGUGUCGUUGUUGUCGACCAUCGUGGAUAACUACUACUCCAUUAACACCAGCGAGGAGCCAGCGAGGAGGUUGAUCCCACUGCCACUGUCGCAGCCGACGACAAGGUCACCAACGGCAGCACCAGCGCCACGGCCGGCAGCAAGCUGCACACCAGCGAUUCUUCACUCAAUUUUGUCCUGGUCGAAGAUGAUGUGUGAUGAUGCGUGCACCGCUGCAUGCGCAGGAUGAUACUGAUCCUAGGUAGCACUAGUAUCGUAGUAGUAGAACUUUGCUUUGGUAGGAUCGGAAUAGUUGGUUUCUGCUACCCUUGUUUUUGGUUUAUGCCUCCUGGUUGGUUGGCUGGGUACGGCCGCCCCCCCCCCCCCCCCCCCCCCCCCGAUUUUGCUUGCCAGACUCGGUUAAUUAAUGAGGCACUUGAAUGGUUUUUGAGUUUUCAAAGUACUUAA